AUGUUCAUGCACUUGGUUCGUCCCAACGUGGCGGCUCCUGCGGCUUCGCUGGCCCUGGGCCCCGCCAAGAUCAAAAUCCACACUCCCGCUUUACUACAAAUCCUCGAGAUCAUCGCCAAACAGGUUUUGCCCGAACAUAAGCGAGCGAUCGGGACCCUCUUGGGCAUCAGAUCCGACGACGGGUCCGAAUUCGAGAUCAGAGAGGCGUUCAUGGUCCCCUGCAAUGACACCGGUGACACCGUCGUCAUCGACGACCAGGCGCACAAGGCGAUGUACCAAUUGUACAAGAAGGCCCACCCUAAGGAAGCGGUGUUGGGGUGGUUUGGCUCGGCCAAGGAGAUCGACGACACCACCGGUCUCAUCCACGACUUCUACCUGAAGCCCGACCGGGCUCACCCGUUCCCUGCCAUCUACUUAAACGUCGAUUUCUUGGACGCCGAGGGCAAGCCUAAGCACCCGGAGAUCGUCACCUACAUUGGCGCCGCCGUGGGCAAGCCUCAGCAAGGGUGGAAGCAGGCGAACUACAUCUUCUCGCCCAUCCCCAACGAAGUGGUCCACGCCACCGCCACCGAACAGAUCGCCUACUCGCAGGUGGCUCGCGGCAAGACCCUCGAGCAGGACUUGGAGUACUUGGACCAACAGUUGGGCGACGUUUCCGACAACAUCGACACCAUGCUCGCCGCCAUCGAGCAAUUGGAACAGAAAGACGACGACGCCCUGUUGGAGGUGUUGCGGUUGAUGAGCAACAACUUGUUGACGCGGCCUAAGGUUGACGCCGGCGACAAGGACGCGUUGCUGCGCAUGUUCAGAAACCACAAUCAGGACGUGGUUAUGAUUGAGUGCUUGACCAAGGCUGUCAAGGAGCAGAUCGAGUUGUCGGCCAAGUUGACCCAGCUGAGCGAGUUGGAGAAGCGGGCUUAA